AUGAAACGAUCAACUCUAUGGAUUCUCAAGAAACGUGAAGAUCUUUGCUCAAGAACUUUGGAAUUCAACGCUUCUCUCAUUCGCCCGAAACGAUGCCCCUGCGCUCAGGUCCUUCCUAAUCCGUGCAACUGCUGGAGUGGGCUCAGACCUCACUGCACCUGCAUCCAGCCACCCAUUCACUACUCCUGCGGAUGCGGAAUCCAGAAUCAGUUCACACAAUGCCAAGUGGCCUGCCAACGCACGUGCCUCCCUACCUGCGCCCGAACCCAGCUGCUCCCUUUGGCAUGCCCUUCAACUUGCCAAUACACUUGUGCGAACUCAUGCGCUCCACAGCGGUUGAUUCCCAUCCAGAUCGUCAUGCCAGAGGUCGUAGCACUAUCACCUCAAUGUGUGCCCGUCUGCCAACAGUCGUGCAGUACGUCGUGCCUUCCGAUGAUGCCUGCAGAUACAUGUCUUCCACUAUGUCGACAGCCGUGUGUGGAAAGAUGUGCGCAGUUCGCUCCCGUCAUGAACAACUGCGUACCUCAGUGCAGACCGAGCUGUUCACCUCAGUGCAUCAGCCAGGUAGCGGAAGCACCAGCGCUGGCAUCUUCACCAGCUCCAUUCCCACUGAUGGCUGCACCCAAGCUUCCAGCUGCAGAUUCUGCGCCACCACCACCAAUGCCAUUCCCAGCUGGCGUUACAGGAGCAGCUCCAUCAUCGCCAUAUGACGAUUUGCCAGAAUACCUUGGAGAUCCCACUCCUACCAUGGACUACUACAGCAGUCCAACAACACCAUUUCCAGGAUCUCUCACAGAUCCAGCCAUGUCACAUGCUGCUGAUCCACCAGCAGAAGUUGGUUCUAAUGAAAAUGAGAUAACUACACUUUCGCCCGUGCCGCUUCUUAGUGCUGAACCGCAGCCACGACUUCCACCGCCACCACCAAGUCCAUCCGCAGGUCUCUCCGCUCCUAUGCCACCCAUUAUGUAUCAGCAAUCAUUCGAUGGGCCCAUGUCAUCUUCUACGCCAUUCCCUGACUACAUAGGCUACCCACACAAGUCAGAUUUUGAUAUCAUGCGGAAGAUGUCCAGACAAGACCUUGACAGAAGGCUCAAGAUAGCGUCGUCAAAACCUCGUCGCCCUUCUGCUUAA